AUGGACGCAGAUUCAGAUUUAGAUCAAGAAGUAGAGAUGGAGGAAGAAGGCGAUGAUUUGAACAUCACGAUUGCCCCUAAAUCAUACUGUAAGGCACGUCUUCUAAAAGGGAACACCGAAAUCGAUAUUCCGAGUGACUUCAUGAGCAUUGAUAUAUCUGGAAGGAUAGGAGACAACUGUGGAAAGGUUGAACACCUCCUGAGGCUCUUGAACGAUGAUUCCCGAAGGUGGAAAGACAUGACUAUCGAAGGUGAUCGGAAUGGGGAUGCAAUGUCUCAGGCUUUCCUCUCGGUAGUCGGACUGGCAAUGACAAAGUGCAAAUCUUUCUUUUGCCUGCAAAAGCUUUACGCGGACGAAACAUUGUAUCAGUGCUUGAUGUCUGGGCUUACGUCGCCAUUAUGCGUUCCUAGUCUUGAUCUAUGUGCUUACGGACCAGACCGUCAAAAGAUUAAAGCGAAACACUUGAAGUGUCUCGCUGAAGGCAUUGCACAAACCACUGCACUCAAGGACUUUAGCUUUUGCUCAUUGUUAGACCAUGAUGCACCAAUUGAGGAUAUCAGCGGAGUGCUGGUCGACGGGAUUGCGAGGAACAAUACUAUUCAACAUCUCGAGUUCGAAUCUCGUAAUUCAUUGGAUGACAAUCUCUUUCCGUGCCUCAUGAAGGCGCUUCAACGACACCCAAAAGACAAGCUGGAAUCGCUGAGUGUACGGAGUCGAAAGAUUACAAUGGACCACGUUAAGGACUUGGUCGGCUAUAUUGGCCACAAAAAGUGCUCGAUGAAGAAGCUUCGUAUCAAAAAAUCAGAGCUGUCCAGGAUCCCACGAGAAUUUCACAAUGUACAUAAUACAUCCCUGAAACAGCUUUGUCUGUCCGAAGUAGACAAUUGGAGUGACUUUGUUUCUGUGGUGUGUCCUACUCUAUCAUCCCUCUCGAGCCUCACAAUCAUUGGUCAGAAUGUCACGGAUCUAGCGCCAUUGGACAACCUCUUGUGCGAUGAGAGUGCGUUGACAAGCCUAACACAGUUGCAUCUGACUUCCACGGCAUUGAAGGAAGAGGCUCUAUCGGUCUUUGCUUCCAAGCUCCUGCGGAUGAAACACCUGCGCACUAUUACGUUGUCGUUUCAUCAUUUGCAUUUUUUUCAUCCUCGGUCGAGCAAACUGGACCCUUUCUUGACGAUGGUUCAGAAAAGCAAGAGCCUUGAAUAUAUAAAUCUGUCUGUUGACCACCCCAUGGAAGCAGAUGUACUUUGUGUUCUAAACUUGAAUAAAGCUGGACGCCGGGGGCUAGAGACAUUGCCGUCGGGUAAUAGUAGUGGUGGUCAGCAACCACUUGACAUUGCGCUUUGGCCAAUGAUUCUGAACCGCUGCCUUACCCUCAAGUACGCCAAGAGUAUUCGAGGGCGCUUGGCUCAAGGCAAGGAACAAGAAGAGAUUGCAAGAGACAAUCUUUUCUUGAUUCUUCGAGAUCAUGCUUACAUUUUCGAUGCAAUAUGUGACAAGAAGUAA